AUCUGUAUUUUUUAUCAUUGCUCUGUGGCGCGAUCGAGUUUGUUUGGCAGUCGAGAAAUCGGCAACUCAGUUUCAAAAGUGUUUUGGUUUUGGACACCGCCAGCUCCAGCGAGAAGUAUGCCAAACUUGUAGAUUGUGCUCUGGAUGCGUGUCUGCUCGUCGAUUUCUGUUUACACUGUUUGUUGUGUGUGUCGCUCGCUAACUAGGUAGUUGGGAAACGGGUUGAAAAACGUUUUUUAACUCGAAACUAGGCCUACACUCGGGCUCUUUGCCACACAUCUUCCUGCUCGGAAUUGCGUUCCGCAGCGCCACAAAGGCCUCACAAGGGAGCGAGCAAAGGACGGAAGCACAGGAGCAGAGCGAGAGCAGGAGAGAGCGAGGUGCCCUCUCCGCCCAUGCGCACAGCUGAUACGGAACCUGGCCUAACGGUGAACCGAUUGUCUCGCUGCUGCAGGAGCGGAAAUCGAAAGCGAGGCGGAAGUCCGCUGGAACAGCGCAGCGGAACACAGCCCGCCACUGCGGCAGCCGGAGCCGGAGCCCGAAGCCCGAAGCCCGAGGUUGGGAGCCAAGAGGCGAGGGGAAGCACACGCCGAAGCACACGAGUCCAUCGAACAUGUUCCAAGCCCUGCCCCGUCCGUCAAGGUCCACGCUCCACUGCGGAGCCACUGCCAUCGUCACAGUCGUCCUCAUGGCCUGGGUCCGACCGCUGGGCGUGCUGUUCCUGGGAUUAUUGGCCUAUUGGAUCUACUGGACACGCUGCAGCUUCCGGAUUGUGCCCACGGAGGAGCUGCGCGGCAAGAUCAACAGCUGGCUGCAGAGGAUUAACGCCUGGCGCCACAGCAGCCCCAGUAUGUUCUGCUUGGCCAGCAGCAGCUGCCUGGGCACCCUCGCGGUGUUCGGCCACCUCAUCUCCGGCUCCACGCUGGUCCUGACCAUCCUAGUGGUCUCCGCCCUGGUCUCCACCAAGUACAACUUCAAGCUGCUGAAGAUCGAGCACAAGGACUUCCAAUGGACAGAGAAGCUUAACUACAACAAUUUGGAGGCCGAGGCGGAAGACGAGUUCCUGCCGGAUGUGAACGAGUCGAAUCUUUUUGUGCUGGAGCGAGCCAGCGAUGUGGCCACCAUCAGUUCGCCCACCGAAGCAAAUGAUGAGGAGGAUGACGAGCGCAGCGACGACAUACCUUCCGAGCUGCUGAUUCCGGACGUGAUACCCGAGAUCGACGAGCACUCCACCGACGAAGAUGAUGAUCUGGCCCUGCUGGCGGCCAAAAGGCAGGAGAACCAGCAGCAGCAACCGCACAUAGCCAAGGAGAACGAGGAUAUGAACUUCCGAAAGGGCCAUUUCAAGCGCGAUUCUUCGCUGUCCACCACGUCCUCCUCAUCCGAGGAGAGUCUGUCCAAGGGGCUGCAGUUCCCUGACCACACCUCCGUGGAUGCCAGCGGGAACCCUCAAUUGCGCCAAAUAACCGCUGGACCCGAUCCCGCUGGCGAGCUAAUGGCCCUGGCCGUCAAAACCCAGGCUCAGGCGCUUUUGGCGAACAGCGGAAAGCUUCUUCCCAACCUCGUCUCUGGCCUGGUGCAGUGGGGCUCAGGUGGUGCUGCCGCAGCCAGCUCCGACGGGGAUGUAACCGAUGCGAGUCGAAACCGCGAGCAACAGCGCAUGGUCACCGCCUUGGAUUCUUCGGACGAGAGCGACUUUGAGAUACUCGAAACGGACGACUUCAAGUAAGGAUUGGACCGAAUCGAAGAUUGGUCCGAUGCGUCGUAUUAUAAAGCUAUUAUCUUAAUUUACAUAUGCAUACACACACGGAACUCAAAAUCGACAGACAAGACAAGUUUAAAAAGCAGACAAGCGGACGGUUUGAACGGUUAUACUUUCCCUGGUGGAGAUCAGUAAUACAUUUUGCUAUAGACUAGUGCUAUAUUUAGAUGUAUACUAAAUGAAAUAUCCAAAACUACCCUAAAGUUAAGCCAAACGUUCUAUUUUUCGAUGGCUUUGUACAUGUUUAUUUAUAUAACCCUAGGCUUAUUCCUAUUUUACCUAUUAGUCCUGUUGUGCUUAUCUACUUACCACAAACCGAAACAACAGCGACAGCUUGCAAAAUGUACAUACCACAGUUCCAACCGCCUACCAGGGGUGCCACAGCAACCGAGGAGCGCCGAAUGGGGCUGAGUUCCUUAUGUGCUGGAGUACAAAUUUUACACUUAGCGCUAUGGUGGUUUCUGUGGCACCCUUGUCUAUGUCGGGUUAUAUUGAUGUCGCUGUGAGGGAGAGAUUCCUAAUCUGAAUCCAAUCAAAACUGAAAACAGCAAUUUAAAAACCAAAUAAUGACAAAUUAUGUAAUCAAACGAAGCAAAAAUAUAGUCCAGUGUUAUCUUUGAACACCCAUUCGACAUUAAACGUGCACAAAUCGUAACAACAUAAUAAUGAAAAAAUGUAAGACAUUGUCGUUUCUCCAGCGAUUUCUGUCCCUGGCUAUCAUUGUACAUUGAAGAAAACAACUGAAACAUGAAAACCAGUAACACACUUUUUUUUUGUAUUUUUGUUAUUAUUUGCACUAUGUAUUUUAAGUUAUAGUUUAGUUUGCUAAACAAAAGUAAUUGUGAUUUUGUAAAAACAAAAGAAACUGAAAUAAAAAUCAAAAAGACCUCGAA